AGUUUCUUUUCUAAACAAUGUGAAAGGUAUGCAUAAAUAAUUUCAACACCAUGUUUUGUCACCUAGACUGCAAGGGCUGCAAUUUCCAUGCGGUACACACUUUUUCUUCACUAGACUUGCCUUUAUUGGUUGACUUGGACAUUUGUAUGACCGACGACUCCCGACACUUUUCAUUCAUAUAACUAGGCCCCCAUCGCAUUACCAAUUAGCAAAAACUCUCAUUGCAUCAGAUCAAACGAUAGAGAGACGAUUAAGUCUCUGAGCUCCAUGAGCAUGUUCCGUGUUUUGCUUUUCAUAUUGCAUGUUCUACUGCUACUGAGGACAAGUUGCGGUGCAAAGAAGAAUUACUUGUGUGUUGCUUCGUCUUGUGGUGAGGUUCAUAACAUAUCCUAUCCUUUUCGAUUGAAAGGUGACCCAAAAGGCUGCGGCCACUCUGAGUAUGAGCUAGCUUGUGAAAAUAAUCGCACCGUUCUAUAUUUGUAUGCCGAUCGAUAUUAUGUGAAGUCAAUUCACUAUCACAACGAUUAUUUCGGAUAUCAUUUCUCUGGUCAUAUCACGGUGGUUGAAGAUGGACUGCAAAAAAGUAAUUGCUCAUCCCUCCCUCGUUACUUAUUGAUGAGAUCCAACUUUAGUGCUAAUUAUCUAUACAAUGAUGGUUCUUGGCACUCAGAAGUGCCGGUGGUCUUCAUGAAGUGCUCACAACCCGUUGCUUCUGCUUUGUAUAUCAAUACUGAACCAUGUAUUGAGGGAGCAUACCCUUCCUAUACGCCCCGUAAUAUUUCCCAAAUGAAGGUGUACUCCUACGCUAUGUAUGGGAUGCGUUCGUCCGAUCUACAAGCAAGGGACAUCAAGGAUUCUUGCAACAUAACCUUGAUGACUUUCUUAUCGAAUUAUAACCUGACGGGGGAAAUGGCUUCGUAUAAUUGUGUGAGCCUACUGUGUAAGGACCUCCACAACAUGAUGGCUGAAGGAUUCAAUCUCUUUUUUUAUGCACUUCCUCCUUCGCCGUCUUGGCCGUCUUCAUCGUCUUGGCUGUCUUGGCCGUCUUGGCCGUCUUGGUCAUCUUCGUCGUCUUCACCGUCUUUGCCGUCUUGGCUGUCUUUGCCAUCUCCACUGUCUUUUGCCGUCUUCACCGCCUUCGCCGUCUACGUCGUCUGCGCCAUCUCCGCCGUCUACAUCGUCUACGCCGUCUCCGCCAUCUCUGCCAUCUCUGCCAUCUCCGCUGACUCCGCCGUCCUCACCCUCUCCGCCGUCUCCUUCGUCUCCGCCGUCUUCGCCAUCUUCGCCGUCUCCACCACCGAUGAUUCUACGCAGCAUAUCAUGGGCAGUGUUGCUGGAAUUGCCGCAUGGAAUCUCUUUUUUGUCUUGGUCUACUUCCUAGCAGCAAAAUUCAUACUCGGAGCUCCGUGUGUGUUGAUAUUUCUAAUCUUGAAGUGGAUGAGAAGGCAUCAAGCGACCGAUGCAAACAUCGAAGAAUUCCUACGAGCUCACAAUAACUUCUUGCCCAUGAGGUACUCAUACUCGAAUAUCAAGAGGAUCACACAAAAUUUCACAUGCAAGUUAGGUGAGGGGGGAUAUGGUUCUGUAUACAGAGGAAUACUUAGAAGUGGCAAUGAAGUUGCAGUUAAGAUUUUGAAAGAAUCAAAAUCUAAUGGCCAAGAUUUUAUAAGCGAAGUGGCCACAAUUGGAAGGAUCCACCACGUUAAUGUGGUGCAACUUGUUGGUUAUUGCUUCGAUUACUCCAAACAAGCUCUUGUCUAUGAUUUCAUGCCGAACGGAUCUUUGGAUAAACACAUUUCCUAUAAGGAAGGUGAUGAUCCUCUUGAUUAUAAGAAAAUGUAUGAGAUCUCUCUUGGCAUAGCUAGAGGGAUAGAGUAUCUACAUCGGGGAUGUGAUAUGCAAAUUCUACAUUUUGACAUCAAGCCUCACAACAUUCUCUUAGAUCGAAGUUUCACUCCGAAAGUUUCUGACUUUGGACUUGCAAGACUUUAUCCCACCGAUCACAAUAUAGUAUCGCUAACUGCAGCAAGAGGAACCUUGGGUUAUAUGGCUCCUGAGCUAUUCUAUAAAGACAUUGGUGGCAUUUCUUACAAAGCUGAUGUUUAUAGUUUUGGGAUGUUAUUAAUGGAAAUGGCUGGUAGAAGGAGAAAUCUAAAUGCACAUGCAGAGCAUUCGAGUCAAAUUUACUUUCCUUUGUGGGUUUAUGAUCAACUCGGCAAAGAAAAGGAACUUGAAAGGGUAGAUGUCAUAGAAGAGGAAAGAGAAACAACGAGGAAGAUGAUAAUCGCUGCACUGUGGUGUAUACAAUUGAGCCCUAAUGAUCGGCCGUCGAUGAGGAAAGUCCUAGAUAUGCUUGAAGGAGAUAUGGAUAAACUGCAACUACCUCCAAAACCACUUUUGUAUCCAAUAGAGGCACCGGCUGAUGAUGUUGAUGCUGAGAUAGAACUUGAAACAAUCUCAUCUUCAUCAAGUGCUCCGAUAGUUUCUAGCAGUUCCCAAUUUUACCAUGACCAUGAGUUUACGAAAUCAUGUAUUGUGUGAUUGUUCCCCUAUAAUGAGAUGCAAAAAUUAUAA